CAAUCAUCCUUAACCUCUCCACACACUUUGCGAGUCAGCUGACAUAAAAGAGCACCCGCCAAGCACCAACCAUUUGAGAUAAGAAAAUCUCUACAACAAAACCAAGGCGCCACGUGUCGCCUCCUCAAUUUUCCUCCUAAAUUCUCCGAAUUUCUUCUUCUGUUGAAAGCUUGGUUUGGUGGACAAGGCAAAGGAGAAGAAGCAAGGAGGAAGAAAUAAAGCACCAAACUUUCACUGCCUAACCAUUUAUAAACCUCCAAGAGAGAGAGAGAGAGAGAGGGAGAUUUGAAGGUAAAAAAAGAUGUCAACAACUUCGUUGUGUUCGUCGACUCUUCAGUCCCAAAUUAGUGGCCUUGGUGGGGGUCUUAAGCCUCAAAGACGAGCUCUUUCUCAACCCACUUCGUUUACCUUAACAAGGAGAACAAUUAGGACUACAGUGAAGGCUACAGCUCGGGUUGAUAAGUACUCAAAAAGCGAUAUCAUUGUUUCUCCAUCUAUUCUCUCUGCUAACUUUUCAAAGUUGGGAGAGCAGGUAAAAGCAGUAGAGGUGGCUGGCUGUGAUUGGAUCCAUGUCGACGUUAUGGAUGGUCGCUUUGUCCCAAACAUUACCAUUGGACCUCUUGUGGUUGAUGCUUUGCGCCCUGUGACUGACCUUCCUUUGGAUGUGCACUUGAUGAUUGUGGAACCGGAGCAGCGAGUGCCAGACUUCAUCAAAGCUGGGGCUGACAUAGUCAGUGUUCAUUGCGAGCAAUCUUCUACCAUCCAUUUGCACCGUACACUUAAUCAAAUAAAAGGUCUGGGAGCUAAAGCUGGAGUGGUCCUGAACCCAGCCACACCUCUAAGUACAAUAGAAUACGUUCUUGAUUUUGUUGAUUUGGUCUUGAUUAUGUCUGUAAACCCUGGCUUCGGUGGACAGAGUUUUAUUGAGAGCCAAGUCAAGAAAAUUUCUGACCUAAGAAGAUUGUGCGCUGAGAAGGGAGUGAAUCCAUGGAUUGAAGUGGAUGGUGGAGUAGGUCCAUCAAAUGCGUAUAAGGUGAUUGAGGCUGGAGCGAAUGCUAUUGUUGCUGGUUCUGCUGUCUUUGGAGCUAAAGAUUAUGCCGAAGCCAUAAGAGGAAUCAAAACCGCCAAAAGGCCUGUAGCAGUUCCAGCUUGAACCAGUGAUCCUAUCUUUUCUUUAAUUUUGUGAUGCCAUAUUUCUGCAAUGCCAUGUAAUAUGCAUGAGUUGAACAGCAAAUUGAUCAUGCCAUCUUGUUACAGAAUAGUUGUCACUUCCUUUUAUAUUUGUUUUGUGAGGGGGAAAUAAAAAAGCAAUGGACUAAGUGGUAAGAGAGGUGUGUGAAUGAUUUGCAUACCAAUAUCCUUUGUAGGGAAUAAAUUAGUAAAACUCCCCUUAGCUUUGACAAAUCACUUCCAUAUAAAUUAAUAUUUUUGGGUCCA